UGGUGAGUCUCUCUCUCUCUCUCGCUCUCUCUCUGUCUCUCUCUGUGUGCGUGCAAAAAAUGGAGAUGGUUAUGUUUGGAAGUUCCAAAGCGAAGAACUGGCUUUCUCCAAUUCCACACCAAUCGCAGCCACCACUUGCUGCUCCUCCUCUGCCUUCUAAUUCAAAAACUGGUUCAGGAAACAAGAUCAGUUCCGCCAUCUUUCUCGUAAUGUUGAUAUUAGCAGCCAUGUGUUUGCUUGCCGGGCUCUUCCACCUCCUUGUGAAAUACGUUAGAUACUAUUGGAGACCAAAUGACAGGAACCCGGAACGCAGAGACAAUGCCACAGUUUUACAAGGCCAACUCCGACAGCUCUUCCACCUCCAUGACUCAGGGGUGGACCAGUGCUUCAUAGACAGCCUGCCAGUCUUCCCCUACAAAGCCAUCAUAGGCCUCAGGGACCCAUUUGACUGUGCUGUGUGCCUCUGUGAAUUUAAGGCAGACGACAGGCUAAGGCUGCUCCCAAAGUGCAGCCAUGCCUUCCAUUUGGAGUGCAUUGAUACUUGGCUCUUGUCCCACUCCACCUGCCCUCUGUGUAGAAGAAACUUGCUGCCGGGCUUCUCUCCCACCAAUGUCUGCAGUCCUGCUUGUUUUUCUCUCGAGUCCCGGGGUGAGAGCCCAAGGGAGUUUGCUUCUGAUAGAGUGGAGUCGGGGCUAAAUGCGCCUAUGGAUUUUCCUGGAGAAGAUGGUCUUGGGACUCCUAGCCAUGAAUGUUCUUCAAAACCGUCGGAAACAGGGGACAAGGAAGACUUGGGCUCGGCUAUUUCAGAGGCCUCAGAGGAAAAGGUGGUUCCUGUUAAGCUUGGAAAGUUAAGAAGUAUGGAUGUUGUUGCUGGUGGGGGAGAAGGUAGUAGCAGUGGCAGCAAUAAUUUGAAUGAAAGAAGGUGUCUUUCUAUGGGAUCAUAUAAGUAUGUGGUGGAUGAGAAUUCUCUGCUUCAAGUUGCCAUUAGACCGCAGAAGCCAAAACCAUGCAUUACAAAUCCUGAGCAUGGGCUAGCGGUGUCCAAGUGCGAUUGCCAUUCGAUAAGUGCAAGAUUUAAAGAAUUUGAUCCACCAAGAACGUCAGAAUCCAGCGGUUAUGGUGGAAGCGCCAGUAUUAGUGCUAGUGCACACAAGGAGAGCUUCUCGUUUUCAAAGACUUGGCUCCGGCCAAAGAAAGGGAAACUUAUUGCUCAGGAGUUCUCAAGGCGGCCAUCUUCUUUUCAGCUGCCACAGUAUCAAGCAAGUGCUGUGUCAAAGAUAGAGUGUGGAGGCAGCUCAAGGACAGUGUCGGAAUUUGAUAUUGCAGGGUUGUGGAGGUGAGAUGGGUUUGGAUGUGGAGGUUGGGAGCUGCAAUAAUG